UAGCCGGUGCCAAGCGUGGUCGCCUCUCGCUUCACAGCCGCCGAACGCAGACUAAACAGCCUCCAAGGAGAGCCCUAAAUGGUUAAUAUUGCAGGGGAUCUUGACAGAAUAUACAGUGAUCGGACCUGUGCCGUAAAAUACUCCAAAAUACUUAUAAGUGAUUCAAAUUAAAUAAAUCGAAGGCGAAAGAUAAAUUACAACCAACACAAGCUAUAACUUUUAGUUAUUUUAGAUUGCCCCGACAAGCUUACCGUGCAAGUGCAAUUUGAAAAUAUGUUAACCCUGCGAUUUUGUGCACCGAGAAAACGCCAGCAACGCGAAGCAGAAGAAUAUAUUGCAGCAGUCCGUGUCAAGGCGUAUACGCGAUAUUAACAAGAGCAACAGCAGCAGCAGCAGCAUCCAACAAGAGCGGAUUUGGACACGGAAUCCCCGCCGAGGCAGGGGAUAAAUUUACACAGGCUCCAGCUUCAGUUCCAGCUCCAGCUUCAGCUUCAGCGGCCCAACGCCGCCAGACAGCCAAUGUGACCCAGUUAAGGCCACAGGAUUUAGCUGGCCAAGGACCGCGAACCAAGGAACCGAAUCGGCAACCCGGAACGAGAUACGCGGCUCGAGCAUCGAGAUACACGAUACGCGAUACGCGGAGCUCGGGGCGCGAAACACGUCCAAUUCCAGACUCGACACGAAGCAAGGAUUAUCAAUUUGCUUGGCACUUUAAUGGAGUUGGCCAAGAUGCCGCGGCGCCUGAUCUUGCUGGCCUUGCUCAUCUGUUUGCCGGCCAACAGAGGGCAGGCGGAGGAGACAUCAAUAUUAAACAGCAAUGGAACAAAUGGGCGAGCAUUUCAAAGGACUCAAUCAAGGCGCGAGGCAUUAAUUCCGGCGACAACGCAAAUGGCCCAGACGCUGGACAAAGCCAGCGCAUUUAGGCCAACAAUGGCUGCAGCCCUGGAUGCAUCGCCUCCGAAUCGCUCCCGCAACAAUGUAGCCAUUAAUAACAUUAGCAACAAUGGCGAUCAGCGACUGAGGCUGACCGCUGCCCUCGAAGCGAAUCUGAUUAUGAGCAAUCGGAAUGUCCAGGAGCAGCACAGCUAUAGAAUCACGCAGGACAACGCCACAUCUGCAGCUUCGAUUGCCCCGAACGGAACGGCAUUUGGGGAUGCCCCCCCAGUCCCAGGAGCAGCAGCUGCAGCGACUACAACAACCAUGGAUCCUGCCACAACGACACCAACAACCACAACGAGGCGCACAACUCGCCGUCCGGUGGCGACAACAACGCUGAAGCCACCGCCAACAAUAGAUGAUUACCAGACAAUAAUUAGCCAGGCGGGCACCCAUGCCUAUCUGCCAUGCAAUGUCAAGCAGCUGGUGAAGAAGCCGAUAUCCUGGCUGCGGAUGAGGGACGGCCACAUCCUCACCGUCGACCAGACCACCUUCAUCGCGGAUCAGCGCUUUCAGUCCGUGUUCUCCCCAAAUCCUGAACGCUGGUCGCUGCAGAUCAAGUACGUGCAGCUGAAGGACGAAGGAACCUACGAGUGCCAGGUGUCCACGGAGCCGAAGGCCAGUGCCAUUGUCCAUCUGAGGAUUGUGGAGCCGAAAACCGAAUUAAUUGGCGAGUCAACGCGACAUGUGAAGGCCGGAAGUCAAGUGAAAUUGCGUUGCAUAAUUAGCCAGGCUCUGGAGCCGCCGCUUUUCAUUAAUUGGUUUUACAAUCAGAAGCAAAUCUAUUUGCAUAAUCGUCGCGGUUGGCGUACGGAAAUUGAACGAAUCGAUCUGCCAGCGGAAGUGCCAACCACCAGCACUAGCACCACCACUACCACCACCACCACGACAACAACAACCAGCACCACAACCACCAGCACAACGCCAGCGACACCAUCGACAACGGCCGCAGGAUCAACAGGAGGCGCCACAUCCUCGGAUACGCUUAAUGGUCUGGUAACCAUAACACGUUCAUAUAUUCUAGAUGCCAUAUCCCAGAAUGAUGUUUCCGAUGUGGGUGCCGCUGCAGGAGUGGCAGCUGCAACCGAGACGUCAACAGCUCAGCUGGCUGCCGAGGUGGAGGCAACGCCUUCGACUUCUGGGACGUCGACGGGCGCAGGACUCCUUGCCUCCUCCACCAGUGCUGCAUCCGUGGGAGGAGCUGCAGCAGCAGCCAUAACUGCUGCUGCCAGAGGUGACUUCACGGCAGCAGCAGCAACAACCAGCGUCUGGCUGACAACAAUGGAGGCCGAGGCGGCAACAACUGCGGCCACAACAACGACAACCAUGCUGCCAAGCAGCAGUUUCAUUAAGCAGAUAACGACGGCUUCUCUCAUCAUUCCGGCCGUAGUCAAACUGGAUUCCGGCAACUACACGUGCAGCCCCUCGAACAGUGCCCCCCGCACCAUUGUGCUCCACGUGCUGAACGGUGAAUAUUCCGCCUCGGCCAUUAAGUCGGGCAGUGUCAGCUGGAGUGCGCUAAUUGGAUGUCACGGCUAUUUGCACUGGCGGAAUGUUUCAACCCUUCUGACACUUUUGUGGAUUAUUAAAUUUGCACUGGCCAGGGACAUCUGCCAACCGAAUGCCACCAGCAAAGCCACCACAAGGACAUCGGCUCCACUCGUAGGAGACGGAGCCACAGCAGAUGUGACAGGGGUAACAGGACCCAAAUUAGGGGCCAACUUGCACAGGGUCAGCAGCUCAAUUAGUGCCACCAAAGUGGCCGAGGACAAGACUUGAGUUGUCCUCAGGCAAUCGCCUAGUUACUUGGAUUUUACGCAUUAAAGGAGGCUACGAAUUAAGAUUUUACUCGAUUUAAUUACACAUAAACAGAGAGUAAGGAAGAUACACCCUCGCCAAGGCAAUAUAUACAGGACUAAGGCCAUAAGCUUCAUUUAUAAUCAUACCUGAUUAAUGUUUGUUUCCCAUCUGGGUGUAAAUUGAUAUUGAUAUUCAUGCCUUAGUUCCACCAUAUCGUAUAUUUUCAUUGAAAAGUUGCAAGAAUUGUGUAAAUAGAAUGCACAGAAUUCGCCCUUAACAGAUAAGAACAUUUGCAUUACGUUAAUCAAUUGGAAUCAGCCAUGGUUGUAUCAUAUAUAAGUUAAAUAAUCAAAAACGAUUCGUUAGGCUUGAGAGCACUAACAAAUUUGCAAAGGAAAUUGUAUGCAAUGAAACCCAAUGUGUAGUUCGGCUCAUGUGGGGCGAUUGAAUGAGUAUCAAAUGAAUUUCAAAUUUCUUUGGUUUCCUUAAGCUAUAAAUUGUAAAUAUGUAUGUAUACCUUAUGAUAUCUGUAUGAAUACUCUGAUUUUUUAAGACUUAAAAUCAAUUUUUAUGCAUAAACGAUAAUGAUAAACGAAUACUGAAUACAAGUGUAAAUAAAAGGGUGUUACUGCGUUCUAUUCAAUUAAAUAUCCCAAGCAAGCCAAAAAACUUAAUGUAAACAUUAGUUAGUAUAUAAAAGACUUACUUAAAUUUUAGACGCAGCCAAGCCACAAAAACCCAAUGGGAAACCAAAACUUAAUCAACUAAAUAAACAGAAUUGUAAGGAGUUGCUCCAACGUUGCGUAUACUUGAUUUGCAAAACGAAAUUUUAAGACAUGCAAAUGAAAAUUAAAAUCAAAUGGAAAUCAAUUGAAAUUGAAAUGAAGUGUUUGCAAUAAUUCUUAAGCCAUAAGAAAUAAGUGAAAUACAAGUAAAUAAAAUAAAAUUUCUUCAACGGA